GAAACUGUUGCCGAAGGGGAAGUUGAAAUCCUUUCAAUGAAUGUUGAUUGUUGUUUCUUUAUACUUCGGAUCAUCUGAUUGCCGCGCUCUGAUUGGUCAAGCGCGGACGGGACUGCGAUCGCGACUGUUUUUGGAGAUCCGAUUUUUGUCCGACUUUCUUCGCCUUCUUCCAUCCUCCAGGCUAACCUCAACCCUUUCCUCUUCCUCUCUCCGCGUCUUCACCCCUUCUUUCACCCCUCCCUUCCUCCCACCCUCCUACCGGACACCAUGUCCAAGGCCACUUUCGCCGCCAUCGCUGCGGCCAGUGCAGCCACCGGUGCCGGUCUGACGGCUCUCUUCUACUCAUCCUCCGCUCCGCGACCCCAGCAACCUCAGCAGCAACAGCAACAACAACAAGUCCCACCACCUCCCUCUCCCAUCGCUGCGCCCUCCCCCGCCGCCAUCCGCCCUCCCGCUCCUCCCUCCCUCACCCCUAAGCCCGCCACCGCCGGCGGACUCUCCCCCGUCGACCCGACAGGCAUCUACCAAUAUGGCUUCCCCGGCCCCGUCGCGGACACACUCAUCUCGGCGCCGCUGGCGGGCGCCUACGACCGGCGCACGCGCAAUCCGUCGUGGGUGGCGGAACACAUCACGCCGCAGUCGCUGGCGAUGAAGAACGCGGACCGCAAGAACAGCACGUUCUUCGAGGACGCGACGAUCCCGCCGAUGUUCCGGGCGAAGCUGUCGGACUACUUCCGGUCCGGGUACGACCGGGGCCACCAGGUGCCGGCGGCGGACUGCAAGUGGUCGCAGGAGGCCAUGGACGGGACCUUUGCGCUGAGCAACAUGUGCCCGCAGGUGGGCGAGGGCUUCAACCGGGACUACUGGGCGCACUUCGAGGACUUUUGCCGCGGCCUGACCAAGAAGUACCCGUCGGUGCGCGUCGUCACCGGCCCCCUGUACCUGCCCACCCGCGACCCCGCCGACGGCAAGUGGCGCGUCUCCUACGAGGUCAUCGGCAACCCGCCCAACGUCGCCGUGCCCACCCACUUCUACAAGGUCAUCUACGCCGAGGAGGGCCCCGCGGCGGCUGGCAAGGUCGCCCUCGGCGCGUUUGUCCUGCCCAAUGCCCGCAUCCCCAACGACAAGCGUCUGGCCGACUUUGAGGUGCCCCUCGAGGCUGUGGAGCGCGCCAGUGGCCUGGAGUUCGCCGCCAAGCUGGAGGCCGGUCGUCGGAAGCGUCUGUGCCAGGAGACUAAGUGUGAUAUCGUUGUGCGCGAGUUCAACAACGCCUCCAAGCGUUCUUAAUGUGGGAUGUAGUCAGGUCUAGUUACCUGAAAGGUUGGAAGAAGGUAGAUGGGUGCCGGGUUUUAUGUACUCUAGAUGUGUUUGGGUAUCAUAUCAGCAUUAUUCCCUCGUCCGCGCGGCUUUUCGAAUGUCGGACAUGUAUA